GCGGUUGCAUUUCUAAUUAUUACGACAAAUUUGUGUUAAUACAGUGAUGAAAACGUGUUGUGUUAGAAAGACGAUUAAAAAAAAUUAAUAAUUUAUUAAUGGAUGUUGAACAUUAAUUAGUUCAAAUUUGAAUUGUGAAAUAAGAUUUUUCAACGUGGAAGAGAAGCGGAACGGGACACAAAUGAUGCCAAAGCAAUGCAGGCAAAAUUUUGUACUUCUUCAUUUCUUAUUUCUUCAAUAAUUUCUUCUGUAGGAAUAGAUUUUACAUAGAAAUGGUGACUGUUGCAUCGUGUCGAUAUUGCAAGAUCGAUAAAAAUCGCACGCAUCCGGGUUUAACAAUUUUUAAAAAUAAAAGCCAUGGGUGACCGAAUGUAAAAUAAAGAAAAAACGUAUUCACGGAGUGAAUCAGUGUCAGAUACGUUACAACUGACGUGAUGUUAUUAGUACAUACCAAUGAAACAAUGGCGUGUUAAAUUAUUCAUGAGGUCAUUGUUGCAUCGUGCAGAUUCAAACGUCGAGCAAUUUGAGGUGCGACAAAAUUGAAAUUCACCAAAAUUCAAUCUUGGCACAACGUGAACGAAAGGCGAGAAGAAGAAGAAGAAGAAGAAGAAGAAGGAAAGAUCACGCUGCACAUCGCCGCCAUCGAGAGAUUUGGACUUUGGCUCAAGUACUCAAAUAGAAUCCCGAAACACGGUUGAUACAAAAUCGCGCGACAUCCGACACAAUAAGUUCCGGUAAAAGGGAAGAAGAAAAGAAAAGAAAGGAGGGAAAAAAAGCGGUCAAGUGGUGCGCUAUACGUAGCUUGACACGGUUCCAUAUUGGUAUAUGUGCUGAUCGUUCACAGAUUCUGUAGUUUAUUGCGAAAUAGAAGAAACGAGAUCAUCCCCGAUCCUCGAGUGCUGAUCGACCUUUGUAUUUUUUCUCUCUCUCUCUCUCUCUCUUUUUUCCUUUAAAAAUUCGAGAAUAGUAAGUUCAAUACAAUAUAACAGAGAUUCAUACUUAUCACCACUUGCGACAUCUUUCAGAUGCAAGGAGAAUUAAUGUAUUAACGGGAAGAGAGAGCGAGGUGUUCGUUAAACUUUUCACGAUUCCACUGGAACGAACUUGGUCCAAUUAAUGCGAUUACUAUGCACUGGAAGCCCCACGUUGUCGUAACAAGGAUGAUCAAAUUUUAAUUCGAAAAGGGAAUCUUAAUAGCACCUUGGGAUUUUAACCCCGCUCGGUAAAGAACGACUUGUGUGACUUAAGUGGUCGUAAAAAGAUACGAAAAGGAUAAANAAGAAAAAAGGAAAAGAGAAGAAAUAAAGGAAGAAAGGAAAAUAAAAAAAGAAAGAGUAUAUUACGUUAUGUGAAAAGCAGAAAGAGAAGAAUAUUCAUGAAUGAAAAAGAAACAGCAAGGGAACUCUAACUUCAGAAGGAUUUCCCUUUAUCAUUCAAAACAGCCGGAAGGAAACACAUGUGGGAAACAACGACAAAACUCUUCAACUCUUAUAUGCAAAUCGCAACGUUCUCUGAGUUAACAGGGAGUGUGACGAUCAAAGGGAUUGAAAACUUUCAGACAUGUACAUGUGCGUACACUUAAUCGACAAUUAAAGGAGAAGAAAAAGAAAAGCGAGAAGGCAAUUUUCUCAUUUAAAAUACCCACAGUAGAGGAGAGUUUUGUGGAGAAACGAUCUCCCCUGUACGUGGAACGGACGGUUCCGGUGAAAAAUUCAAUUGCUGGCUUGAAUCACAUCCCUUGAUAAAGAAUCGCCGGGAAAGGAAUUCCCGUUCAAACGCCAGAAGGGUUUCUCUCUCUCCCUCUUGAGAACCUCUGAAAGAAUAACCAGUCUAAGCUUCCAGUUCGAGAAGCGAAUCUACCUGAAAUUUAUAAUUGAUAGGCUAUCGAAUACCACUUUCCUCAAGAGAAAAGCAAUCUCGAUCUUGAAAGACGUUUGAAGAGACCAAGAAACCGAUCAAUCAUUCAGACACUUGUUACGCGGUUCAUAAAAAGGAAGAAGCUUCAUAACAGUGGAAGAAAAGUCAUAAAAAAAAAAAAAAAAAAAAGAAAGUAAACCGGAUCCCACUUCAAUCUCAUAAGAAAUCUUACAACAAAAAUCAACCACUCUGAUAAUAAUUUACUCGCAUAACUAUAAUAAAAAAGAAAGGGAAGAUUUAAUAACAGAUAUUAGCGAUAGACAAAUGGUAAAAAAAGUAAUAACAAAGAAGUCACAAAACACGGCGAACCACUACGAUAUCCACUACACGGGCUCGUACGCGUAUAGCAACGGAGCACCGAGCGUGUACAGCAGCCACUAUCCGGCGAACGGUGGCUUCGUGCAGCCUCAUCUUCAUGAAGACUACCGGCCGAUUUAUUUUUACGUAGCGCAACCUUAUACUAUUCCGUAUACAUUUGCGAAGAGACCGAGACCGCCGUCGUUGUUAAGAUCUGGGAAACCUCGGAGUAAUUGUCGCGUCAAAUUCUCCAAGAGGCUUGGCAAUAACGAUUUCUCGCAGAAGGUCAAACAAGGAGAGUUUUCGAGGAGUCUUAGUCAGGUUCACUUCGUUGAGAAUCAAGGACAAGUGAUCUCAAACUAUCCGAAGACUGGGUUGCCUCGUGAUCCAAGGAUGACGUCUAUGUUUCGAAGGGGCACGAUUUUUGCCACGUUUUUCCUUUCGUUGCUGGGGGGUGGAUUAGUCUGCGCCGCAUUGGUGACGCAACAUUGGGUGGAAGCACGACCCUUCAGAACUCCAAACCCUCAAGAAAGUGCCGGCAGAGUUCACUUCGGCCUUCUUCAAGGAAAGAAGGAAUUGAACGUCGCUUAUGGUUGGAGAACCUAUCAUAUUUCGGUGCCUCAAAUGAUCAAGCAAGAUCCCACAGUGAUGUCCUGGGGACUUUGGAUAAGUACUUUAACGACAACCUCGGCUGCACUUGUCACUGCUGGUCUAGCUGCUUUACUCGCUGUUUUGAAUACAGCCACUUCACCUAGAUCCAAGAUCCUUUCUGAUCCUGGAGUAUAUUUCAUAAAUAUUUUAACAUUAUUAAUGUGCAUGGCGAGUACGAGCACUUGGCUGGCGCAAUAUUACACAAAGCUAUACUUCAAUGUACUUCCUAAGGAGGACAUUGAUAAUAUGUGGACCAGUGAAGGUUCUGCUGAGCUUGGUUAUUCAUUUUGGCUCGUUGUAUGCGCUGGUGUAGUACAUUUAAUCAGCAUAGCAUUGGUCGGUUGGGGCUCAGGACGAGACAAGAUCGAACGUCUGGAGACAAUUCCGGCAUUGGAGGAAAAGACUGCUGCGGCAAUAAUGCUGUAUUGAACCUGGGACUCUUGAGACAGAUCUCAGAGACAAGAAAUCCAUUACAAAAAUUACAGAGUGCUGCUCAUAUCUGUUAGUGUGCGACGAGGUAACAAGGAUCGAUUAAGCAGAAAGCAGAUUCUACUGCAAUAAUUCUACUAUUCGAGAAACGACAAGUUCCUAAAUGUUAGCAUACUUAACAUUGUAGUAUUAAAAGGAAACAAAGGAGCAAGCACGUUAAUAGAAUUAUUAUAUAAUAAUAUAAUCUUAAUAAAAAUUGUAAUAUAAAAUUUUUCUGAAAAUAUCCAAUUUAUACAAUUCAAUUAUUCAAGAUUAUUCGUAACCAAUAGACGAAUUCGUGAAAAAUCAAGAUUUUUUAUAAACAUUUUAUCAAAUUGAGUGUAGAAAUAGCAGAUAUAAUUUUUAUCGUCGAUUUUUAUCAAAAUUAUGUCAAAAUACAUUUUGAUUAGAUCUGUAAUUUCCAAUUAAAUGUUCUAUUUGAAAAAUAUAACCGCGGGAUUUUUAGACCGUUGAAAUUAUCGAAAGUGAAAACUAAGCUAUGUAAUUGAUGAUUUUUACACAAAGUUAUGGAUUUUCACCGUAAUAUUGCGUAAAUUGAAAUAUUUUGAUUAGUAUUAAUAAAGUUCAGUACAUAUAUAUAUAUAUAUAGUAUAUAUAGCAUACAAAGUAUAUACUAUAUAUGAUGUUGAAUUAUGCUAUA